AUGACGGCCAACACAUCAAAGGCACAGAAUUAUUAUAUCUACGGUUUGCAAGACUCUCAACAUUUGGAAAGAGUGAACAUCGAGUUCGAGAAGUUCGAGAUUCCGGCCACCGAUCCAAAUGAAUGUACCGACGCUUACGUCCGAAUCUACACUCAAAGUCACGAAACGGUCGAAGAAUUUGAUUUCGUAUUCUGCGGCCAAACCAUUCCACAGCCCGUCUUAUCGGAGGGGCCGACACUUGUGCUGGUGUUCAGCAGCGGCUCAACACAGGGUCAGGGCUUCAAAGCCCGGUAUUUAUUCGAGACGGACUACAAGGUGCCGGGCACUCCAUCCACGCCCGGCCAGUGCCACUUCUCGUACGUGAGCGAGAGCACCAAAAGUGGUGACAUUAACUCGCCCCGGUACCCCAGCAACUACCCGUCGAGCACGUACUGCGUGUAUGACUUUUUCGGUGAGCCGGGUCAACAAGUGAAACUCGUGUUCAAUCAUUUCAAAAUCAAUUCCGACUCCGCAUUGGCUGUGCCCGGAUAUAACGACGUGUGUCAGGAGGACUGGCUUGAGAUAUAUGAGGUGCUGUCCAGUGGUCGCGAAAUAAAAUACGGCAGAUAUUGCUGGUCCACAGCCCCGGGUCCUAUCAUUUCCGACUUCGGGGUC